CUAUCUAGCUAACUAGCUAGCUAUCUUCAUAGUGUUCAUGUAACUUCCCCCUUUCAACACUUCCAGAGGAAUCAUGCCCAUGGAACCAAGGAACCAAACCAGCACACACGAAUUUAUCCUCCUGGGGCUUUCAGAAGAUCCAGAACAGGAGACUGUCCUCUUUGCUCUGUUCCUCUGUAUGUAUGUGGUCACAGUCGUGGGCAACCUCUUGAUCAUCCUGGCCAUCAGCUCAGACUUCCACCUCCACACCCCCAUGUACUUUUUCCUGGCCAAUCUCUCCUUGGUUGAUUUCUGCCUGGCCACCAACACCGUCCCCAAGAUGCUGGUAAACAUCCAAAUCAACAACAAGUCAAUCUCUUAUCCCUGCUGCCUGACCCAAAUGUACUUUUUCCAUUUCUUUGGCAUCAUGGACAGUGUCUUAAUAGCUGUGAUGGCUUAUGACAGGUAUGUGGCUAUUUGUCACCCUUUACACUAUACCACCAUCAUGAGCCCACGCCUCUGUGGCCUGCUGGCUGGUGGCCUGUGGGUGUUUUCCUGCUUCGUUUCCCUCACCCACAUCCUUCUGAUGGCCCGUCUGGUUUUCUGUGGCGGCAAUGAGUUACCUCACUACUUCUGUGACCUCACUCCCCUUCUCAAGCUUUCUUGUACUGACACCUCUGUGAACAAGAUCUUUGUGCUCAUCGUGGCAGGGAUGGUGAUAGCCACACCUUUCAUCUGCAUCUUGGCCUCCUAUGCUCGCAUCAUCAUGGCCAUCAUAAAGGUCCCCUCUGCAGGUGGCAGGAAGAAAGCCUUUUCCACCUGCAGCUCUCACCUCUCUGUGGUCUCCCUUUUCUAUGGGACCACCAUUGGGGUUUAUCUGUGUCCUUCAUCUGUCAGCACAGCUUUGAAAGAGAAAGCCUCUGCUGUAAUGUACACUGCAGUCACCCCCAUGCUGAACCCUUUUAUCUACAGCCUGAGGAACAAAGACCUCAAAGGGGCCCUGAGGAAGCUCGUCAACAGAAAAAUCACCUCAUCUUCCUGACCACCAGGUCACCUGGAUUCCAGGAAGUCUCAACAUCUAAGGUCUUUGGCAAAAGUAUGGAAUUGCAUGGUUUGGGGCACUAACCCUGUUGAAAGUUGAAUUGCAGAAGUUUAAAAAGGAAGUUCAAGAUGUUCCUGCUACUAUUUUCUCAACUAAGGGUCCUUGUGGGUAUGUCUCAUGCUGUCCUCCAAGAAAGAUAAGUCUAGUCUUACCAUAUUGGAUUUACCCUUGUUCAGAAUCUAUUUAGUACUCAGCAAAUAUUUAUUGAGUACUUAUUCUGAGCUUGAUGUAGGUGCUGGCCAUAGUGUGGUGUGCAGGAGAGAUGCAAUACCUAUAGGUUGGGAGAUCCCUAAAGUUGGGUGUGGGAGAAGAAGUUGCACAUGUAAUUAUAACAGAAGGGAAUAUGAACAUGAGAGGAAGGAUGGGAUACAGCAGGAACACGCGACCAAGCCUGGAGGGGAGGAUCUUAUCCCAAAGGAUAAAAUGGUGUCGUUGAGACAAAUAUGAGAAGCAAGAGUGUCUCAGACAAAGAAAAUGGUAUGUGAAAACGUGGUAAAGAAGAGAAAGAGAGAGAAGGAUGCAUUUGUAAAGUGAAAAAUCCAGUUAUGGUGAGUGACUUGGGGACUGUCAGGUCAAAAAGAGCUUUAGGACCAACCCAAGAGUUUGGCCUUGCUCUUGAGAACCAGCCAGUUAAUUUGAUUUCUAGGGACCAAAGUCAGGGAGCAUGUGGAAGAAAUGCAUACCCCCUACCCUCACUCCUACCCUGUCUUCUGGGGAGGUGAGAUGGAGUGUCCUAGGGAAGAGUUGUAGAAGUCACAGGGAGAAAGAGAUUCAGACCACGCAGGAAGGAAGUCAAGAACCACUACCAAAGACAUAUAUCUUCAUAGCCAAAGAGGAAAAUAUUAAUCAAUUGAAUCAUGAACUUCUGGACCAGAAGGAAUCUGGGACAUGUCUCAAUCUCCAUAUAUGCCUGCAGAAAGCAUCCUCAAGGCUGAUGACCACGGAGAUCAGAGAAAUCCAGAAGGUGCUGCUUUAACUGUCUGGAAGCAGGAAGUUGAGGACACCAGGCUUCUGAGCCUUGGGGGCAACAAAGAGGGUGGUUUGUGGGUUUUGGGGACAAAGAGAGGGUUAUUGGGGCAGAGGGAGGCCUCUGCCUGACUCAGUGGUAGGGGCAGCUGUUCUGGGAGCCCCUUGGUCAAAGGCCUUUGGAGGCCUGAAGCCUCCAGCAAACACCAUGUGGGGAAUGAAUUUUCUCCUCGUGUGGGAAUAAAAUCAGCAAGCUUGAUUGGUGA